CCAGUACCUAAAUAUAGAAGAACUUGUCAGAUUAGAUCAUCACUUGAAGUACAUGAUUGUACUUACUAUUUAAGAAUAUUGUGUAAUAUUCUGCUACGAGUUACACUGGCAUGAGUUAAAGGAGAGUAGAAAAAGCUGAAUUUGAUUUGUAAUGUCGGAGGUUGGUAUACAUGAAGGGGGAUACCCAACAAAAAUAUUCAAAAAUGGAUUCGACUCCAAAGUUCUGUGCAACACGUGUAACAAAGUCCUACGAGACCCGGUCCAGAGCUACUGUGGUCACAGGUUCUGCAAGGAAUGUAUUUCCGUCGUUAUCAGUUCUGGAAACCAGAUCCAGUGUAAGUCGUGUAUAGAGGAGGGCGUGGACAACGAAGACUACAGCAUCAUCAGGAAAGACCAGCUUUUUCCUGAUAAUGCAUUGCGAAGAGAAAUGUUUAGUUUGGAAGCAAAUUGUCCCAAUCCGGGCUGUUCGUGGACAGGAAAAUUCAGAGAUUAUGAGAAACACGCAAAUGAAUGUAAAUACCGCCCCGUGUUAUGUCCAAACUGUGGCGAGUCGGUGGAAGUGAAUAAAAUGAAAACUCACCUGGAAAAUGCAUGCCCUAGAAGGAAAUUGAAAUGCAAAUAUUGCUCCUUGGACAUCACUCAGGAUCAAAUGGCGCAACACACGAAAGAUUGUCCGAAACAACCAGUGAAGUGCGAAAGUUGUGGGAAAAAGAAAAUAGCGCGGGAAAUGUUGCAGGAUCAUAAAAAUACCGAAUGUCCAAAUCAGAGCAUAGCUUGCAUGGCAGGCUGUGAAGCGGUUGAACGACGGCGGUUUCUUAGUCAUAUUGAGGAGAAACCUGGAUUCCAUAUCCAAAAAAUAAUGAAAGCAGUAGAGGAAAUUAGAGAACUGGUUACCACAGAGGUUUCCAAGAAAGAAUUAGCGCGGUUAAAUGGAAACAUUGAAGCCGGUCAGCAGACAGGAGAAAGCGGUGCGUCGUCUGGAAACGUGGAACAAUCGCCCAAUGGAAGCGACCAACAAAACAGUACAAAGGUCACUGCAUUAGAAAUUAAAGUGAGGACUUUUGAAGGGAUUGCCACCACUCUACACAGAGAGACAGAACGAAUUUUAAAUGUCUUGGAUGAAAAUAAGAAGGAAAUUGAAGAUGCCAAGAAACUGAAUGAAGAAAAAACACGGAAAAUCAUGGAGUUAGAAAAGAAACUGGCGAAUAGUGAUGUUCAAGUUACACAACUAACGCAGAGAUUGCUUUCGUGUGAAGUGGCUUCAUACAAUGGCGAAUUAGUAUGGCGACUGGACAACUGGAAAGAGCAUCGAGAAAAGGCCGUUUCGGGAGUGAUCACUAGCAUCUUUUCCCCACCAUUUUAUACUUCUAAGUAUGGCUACAAAAUGUGUGUAAGAAUAUAUCCAAAUGGAGAUGGCAUGGGAAAGAAUACCCACGUGUCAAUAUUCUUCGCCAUCAUGAGAGGAGAAUAUGAUCCUAUCUUGGACUGGCCUUUCUCACGCCGAAUUGUUUUCACAGUGCAUGAUCAGAAUGGUGAAAAUCACAUCAAAGAUUCUUUUCGAACAGACCCGAACAGUUCUUCAUUCAAAUGUCCAACAACAGAUAUGAACAUUGCCAGCGGAUGUCCGUUGUUUUUGCCACUAACACGUCUUCAAGGCAACAAUGGUUUUGUGAAAAAUAAUGUCAUAUACAUCAAAACAAAAGUGGAGGAAAUUCGCUGAUGUAAACUCUUGAUUUACACAUCGCCGAAGUCAGAUCGAACUGAAUUAUGAGCACUUUCUUAGAUUUCACUGGCUUCAACCCAUCUCUUUUGGGGUUCGAUACAGUGCAGCGAUUGGUACCAUGUGAUAGGGGUUCAGUUUUCUAGACAAUUAUGUAGUGUGAGUUCGGUAUUGUACCAACGCCUACCGUACAUUUUUGCAUGUCGUGAUUGACCCAGAAGCCUAAUCUCAGCUGAGAUUUAAUCAUUCGGUUCGGAUGGGUAUUUUGACUUACGCCUUCACCGAAUCUCUGAGCAAUCCUUUUCGAUUGGUUCUAGCAAUUAAUAUGUAUUUACGCUGGUAAUUUUGUCUGUAAUGAUAAUAGUAAGGUUCUAGGUUCUAUACCAUCAGGGGGUGGUAUGGUAUAGAUGUUACAAAAUAAAUAUCGGUUCCUGUGACUUAGGUAACACUGCCGUUCACUUCAAAUAAAUGAUUAACUGUUAAACACUAUCAGCACUGGAUUGCUAUUAAUCCUCUUUUGGUAGGAAAAUCCCACAAUGAAAACAUCCGUAUGGAAUUAGAUAGACAAAACCCUUUAUCAACUUUACUUCCAGCAUACUAAGUAUUCAUGAGGCAAUAUUUACAUUUCCAAUGUUUUGCCAGCUUCGAUAUCUUUACCAAUUGAAAUGAUGGCACACGAAGGAUGCUGGCGUAAAGCGUCGCAGGCCAUGACCUCAUGUAUUAAUUUCCAAAGCUGAGAUUUAUUGCUUAUUUGUAUGGAGUGAUCCUCCAUGCUAUAUAUAACGUAUACUCUCUGUAGUACUGAUUGUUGUAUCAAUAUAUCGAGUAGACUUCAUCGCAGUCAUUUUACACAUCAUUUGAAUGUAGAUGUGUGUAAAAGUGAGAGCAUUUUGCGUCAUAUGGUCCCAAUUUCGGUAGGCUUGAGAAAAACCCACUAAAAACAACCCCAACAAAUCACUGACAGCUGUUCCGAACCUCCUGAAGUUGGGUUGAACCCGAUUGAAUUUAUUUUGCAUUGUAAGAAUUGUUAAUUUCUUUUUAGCUCAAGUGAGCUUUUCUGAUUGCCUGUUGUCCGUCGUCUGUUCUUCUGUCUGUCCGUCUGUAAACUUUUUACAUUUUCGACUUCUUAUCCAGAAUCACUGGGCCAGUUUCAACCAAACUUGGCCAAAAGGAUCCUUAUGUGAAGGACUUUCAAGUUUGUUCAAUUGAAGGGCUAUGUCCCCUUCAAAGGGGACAUAAUCACAAAAAUGCAAAAACAGGGUGGGUUCAUUUAAAAAUCUUCUCAAGAACCACUGGUCCCGAAGAGCUGAAAUUCACAUGAAAGCUUCCUGACAUUGUGCAGAUUCAAAUUUGUAAAUAUAAUGACCCCCGGGGUGGAAUUGGGCCAUAAUAGGGGAUGAAAGUUUUACAUGCAAAUAUAUUGGGAAAAUCUUGUUCUCAAGAACCACUGUGCCAGGAAAGCACAAAUUUACAUGAAAGCUUCCAAACAUAGUUCAGAUUCAAGUUUGUUAAAAUCAUGGCGCCCGGGGGGUAGGAUGGGGCCACAAUAGGGAAUCAAAGUUUUACGUACAAACAUACAAGGAAAAUCUUUAAAAGUCUUCUUUUCAAGAACCACUAGGCCAUAAAGGUUUACAUAUACAUGUAUAUAAAAACUUCCUGAGAUAGUGCAGAUUCAAGUUUGUAAAAAUCAUGCCCUCCGGGGGUAAGUUGGGUCAAAGUUUUCCAUUCGUAUAUAUAGGGAAAAUCUUUAAAUAUGGGCCAAGGUGACUCAGGUGAGCGAUGUGGCCCAUGGACCUCUUGUUUUAUUAUACAAUUUGAAUAAUGUGUGUGUAUACUGAUUAUAUUAUCUAUUCCAUAACCGUUAAUCGGACCCAUAGAUACUAUCUAAACUAAAAAUUAUUACCAUCGCACAGCAGGCGCAAAACGCUGAAGAACGAUGAAAUAUCAAUGUUUAGGUAUUUUAAAUUUCAGCGCUGAAACAUUGUCAGUGGAAGUGCUACACUUUUUCCACAUUGAAUUUACCGCGGUUUUCCACGUUAUCAUACCAUUAGAAAUCCAGAAUAUUUUUCAACUUGAGGACGUAACAUUCUUUUAAAGCAUGUUUAAUAUAAUAUUGUAAAGUUACAGCUUUUAAUAAGUAAUAACCACUUUUGUACAUUUUGUAUGAUAUGAACAAUGUAUCAAUUCAUAUACUGAAACAUUUAAAUCUGAUAUCUGACUUUAAAGUCAAUGCAUUUUCGUUAUAAAUUAUAUGUUGAAAUGUCAGCAUAGAUUCCACGUCAGGAUUCCAACGUUAUUUCAAUUUUAAAAAGAAACCCACUUUUCAACAUUGAAAAUUUAUAUGCUGAAUCUACGUCUUGUAGCUUUUGGAGAGGGUGGGGGUGAAAUACUCGAUUAUAGGGUGAGAGGUUGUUUGUUGUUUUUUCUUCUUCUCUGUUUCUGAUCAAAUGAAUGACUGUUAACAAUAAAAAUAUUUUACAUGA